GAAAUUCUCCAUCGUGACACGUUAUAUGCUGACGAAUUAGGUAUAUUCCGUGCGGUUUGUCGCUGGAUAGAGAAAAACCAAAACGAACUGGAUCGUGAUAGUAAAAUCAAUGUUUUGUCAGCCGUUAGAUAUCAGUUAAUGAGUGUUGAAGAACUGUCCGAGGCUAGGGGGGAAUUACAAUUGGUUAGUUCGGAUAUAAAUUUAGAUGCCAUACAAUUUAGGCACACAUGGUCACCAGAUAAGCUUCAAUUCCGAGGACACCUAAAACCCAAUGUGAAUCUUAUUUAUGAGUCCAAGAAUAUUCCAGAUACCGAUGACUUUGACGAAGGCACUAAUAUGUUAAAGUUGAAUAACCCAUCAAUUAUAAACUUUAUUGAAACAAUAUUCUGGUAUGAAUAUCGCAUGGAUGAAUUAAAGUGUUUCUCUUAUUACAUUGAACUUUCAAUGAAUGGGCACGAUUGGGUGCGUGUUUUAGAUCAUUCAAAUUAUAAUUGUCGAUCAUUUCAACGUUUGUGGAUACAUCCACGCUUAGUUCGGUAUAUACACAUUGUUGGAACCAGAAGUACUGCUAAUGAGACUUUUAGUUUUCUGGAUGUCAAGUACAAUACAGAAGAUAUGCAUAAGGUGGAAAUAAAAAAUGGAUUAGUCGUUCCCAAGUUCGGUUAUAAUGUCACUUCGCAAUAUAUGGGAGCAUUUGUAAUCAAAGGAGAAAAUAACUCUAAUGAUGGUUCGCUAGUAAAGGGAUACUAUGAAAGUCAAGCUAGAAAUGACAGAUACACGUAUCAUGAGCUGGGAUCUGGUUUCAUAGUUGUUCAACUUGCACUACCGUAUAUACUUAGUUCCAUGAGGUUGUUACUGUGGGGCGACGAUUCUUACAGCUACACUAUUGAAGCUUCAAUCAAUAAUGAAGAAUGGGAAAUUAUUGUAGAUAAAUCUGAAGAGCUGACACAAUCUUGGCAGGUGUUGCAAUUUAAAUCCAGGCCGAUACUCUACAUUCGUAUUACUGGCGUUAAAAGUUCAGCAGGCAAUGUUUUUCGUAUUAUAUAUUUGGAGGCACCCGCUCAAGUAGCAUUAGAUUCCAACAUCGUUGAAGACAAUCGUGCGGUAACGAAUUACGGGAGAUUAACAAAACGGUUAAAGCAAUGUAUAAUAAUGUAAAAUUGUAUACAUUAAUUGUAAGAAUGGAGGAACCUUUUCAUAAGCCAACUAUUUCAUUAUUGGCAUUUGUCCUUAUUGGGCUCUGGUAAAUUUUAAACAUUUCUGAACAGUUAUUAGUCGAUUUUAAUGGUUUAAACCGCAAUCUCUCCAAAAAUGUUGGGCUAUUUGUGCCUAUGAUAACGGAUUGACAAAUCUGUGGAGACUGACCGGCUUGCUUGUUCCCUCGUUUCGCAAUUUAUGUGUCCUGUACUUUUGAAAGCACCAUUUUAUUUGAAUAAAUUGUACUUCAUAUAAUGAACAGUCAAGAGUAUUAUUUAAAA